AUGGGGCUGCCACUGGCCCGCCUGGCGGUGGUCUGCCUGGCCCUGUCCUUGGCCAUGGCCGGGCAGAUUCGGGAAGAAGGCCGAGCCCGGAACCACGGCCACAACGUCUGCAGCACCUGGGGCGACUUCCACUACAAGACCUUCGACGGCGCCGUCUUCCGCUUCGCCGGCCUCUGUGACUACAACUUCGCCUCCGACUGCCGGGACUCCUACAAGGAGUUCGCUGUGCACCUGCAGCGGGGCCCGGCCCAGGCCGGGGGUGUCUCCCAGAUCACGUCCGUCCUGCUCACCAUCAAAGACGACGUCAUCUAUCUCACCCACCAGCUGGUCGUGGUCAACGGGGCCAUGGUCGGCACCCCGCACUACAGCUCCGGGCUGCUCAUAGAGAAGAACGAGGCGUACACCAAGGUCUACUCCCGCGCUGGCCUCUCCCUCAUGUGGAACCGGGAGGACUCGCUCAUGCUGGAGCUGGACAGUAAGUUCCAGAACCACACCUGCGGCCUCUGCGGGGACUACAACGGCCAGCAGACCUCGGAGUUUCUCUCUGAUGGCAUCUCCCUCAGCGCCACUGAGUUUGGCAACAGGCAGAAGAUCAACAACCCCCAGACACAGUGUGAGGACCCCGAGGAGGUGUUGGCCCCCGAGUCCUGCUCCGAGCACCGCGCCGAGUGCGAGAGGCUGCUGACCGCCGCGGCCUUCGAGGACUGCCAGGCCCGGCUGCCGCUGGGGCUGUACCUGGACGCCUGCGUGCAGGACCUGUGCAGCUGCGGGUCGGACGCCUCCUGCGCCUGCGGCACCAUCUCCGAAUUCUCCCGCCAGUGCUCCCACGCUGGCGGCAGGCCCGGCAGCUGGCGGACAGCCUCGCUGUGCCCCAAGAGCUGCCCUGGGAACAUGGUAUACCUGGAGAGCGGCUCGCCCUGCGUGGACACCUGCUCCCACCUGGAGGUCAGCAGCCUGUGCGAGGAGCACCCCAUGGACGGCUGCUUCUGCCCAGAAGGCACCGUGUAUGACGACGUCGGAGGCAGCGGCUGCAUCCCGGUGAGCCAGUGCCACUGUAAGCUGCACGGGCGCCUGUACUCCCCGGGCCAGAAGAUCACCAACGACUGUGAGGACUGUGUCUGCAACGCCGGCCGCUGGGUCUGCAAGGACCUGCCGUGCCCCGGGACCUGCGCCCUGGAGGGCGGCUCCCACAUCACCACCUUCGACGGGAAGAAGUUCACCUUCCACGGCGACUGCUACUACGUCCUGAGCAAGGGCGACCACAACGACUCCCACGCUCUCCUGGGCGAGCUGGCCCCCUGCGGCUCCUCGGACAAGCAGACCUGCCUGAAGUCGGUGGUGCUGGUGACCGACCGGAAAAAGGAUGUGGUGGCCUUCAAGGCGGACGGCAGGGUCCUGCUGAACGAGCUGGAGGUGCACCUGCCCCACGUGACAGCCAGCUUCUCCAUCUUCCAACCGUCCUCACACCACAUCAUCGUGGACACGGCCUUCGGCCUGCGGCUACAGAUCCAGCUGGUCCCCGUCAUGCAGCUCUUCGUCACGCGGGACCAGGCCUCCCAGGGCCAGGUGCAGGGCCUCUGUGGGAACUUCAACGGCCUGGAGAGCGACGACUUCAGGACGGCCAGCGGGCUGGUGGAGGCCACGGGCGCCGGCUUCGCCAACACCUGGAAGGCCCAGUCCAGCUGUCACGACAAGCUGGACUGGCUGGACGACCCCUGCUCCCUCAACAUCGAGAGCGCCAACUACGCCGAGCACUGGUGCUCCCUCCUGAAGAAGACGGAGACCCCCUUCAGCAAGUGCCACUCAGCUGUGGACCCCUCGGAGUAUUACAAGAGGUGCAAAUACGACACCUGCAACUGCGCGAACAACGAGGACUGCCUGUGCGCGGCGCUGUCCUCCUACGCCCACGCCUGCGCCGCCAAGGGCGUCAUGCUGUGGGGCUGGCGGGAGCGCGUCUGCAACAAGGAGGCGGCCUCGUGCCCCAGCUCCCAGGUCUUCCUGUACAACCUGACCACCUGCCAGCAGACCUGCCGCUCGCUCUCGGAGGCCAACAGCCACUGCCUGGAGGGCUUCGCCCCCGUGGACGGCUGCGGCUGCCCCGACCGCACCUUCCUGGACGAGAAGGGCCGCUGCGUGCCCGUGGCCAAGUGCUCCUGCUACCACAACGGGCUCUACCUGGAGGCGGGGGACGUGGUGCUGAGGCAGGAGGAGCGAUGCAUCUGCCGGAACGGGAGGCUGUACUGCACGCAGGUCAAGCUGCUGGGCCAGAGCUGUGCCGCCCCGAAGAUCCUUGUGGACUGCAACAAUCUGACUGCUCUGUCCACCCUGAGACCACGCCCCCUCAGCUGCCAGACGCUGGCUGCAAGCUAUUACCACACGGGCUGCGUCAGUGGCUGCGUGUGCCCCGAGGGGCUGAUCGACGACGGCCGAGGCGGCUGCGUGGAGGAGGAGGACUGCCCGUGCCUGCACCACAAGGACCUGUACUCCCCGGGCUCCAAGAUCAAGGUGGACUGCAACACCUGCACCUGCCAGAGGGGGCGCUGGGUGUGCACUCAGUCCCUGUGCCACGGCACCUGCUCCAUCUACGGGAGCGGCCACUAUGUCACCUUCGACGGCAAGUACUACGACUUUGAUGGACAGUGCUCCUACGUGGCUGUCCAGGACUACUGCGGUCAGAACUCCUCCGGGGGCUCCUUCAGCAUCAUCACCGAGAACGUCCCCUGCGGCACCACGGGCGUCACCUGCUCCAAGGCCAUCAAGAUCUUCCUGGGGGGCACGGAGCUGAAGCUGGAGGAGAAGCACCGGAGGGUGGUGCAGCUGGCCGGCCGGCACGUGGCCUACACCACGCGGGAGGUGGGCCAGUACCUGGUGGUGGAGGCCAGCACGGGCGUCAUCGUGAUCUGGGACAAGAAGACCACGCUCUUCAUCAAGCUGGCCCCCUCCUACAAGGGCACCGUGUGCGGGCUGUGCGGGAACUUCGACGACCGCUCCAACAACGACUUCACCACGAGAGACCACUUGGUGGUCAGCAGCGAGCUGGACUUCGGCAACAGCUGGAAGGAGGCGCCCACCUGCCCCGACGUGAGCAGCACCCCGGAGCCCUGCAGCCUGAACCCGCACCGCCGCUCCUGGGCCGAGAAGCAGUGCAGCCUCAUCAAGAGCUCCGUGUUCAGCGCCUGCCACAGCAAGGUGGACCCCACGGUCUUCUAUGAGGCCUGCGUGCACGACUCCUGCUCCUGCGACACGGGCGGCGACUGCGAGUGCUUCUGCUCCGCCGUGGCCUCCUACGCCCAGGAGUGCACCAAGGCCGGAGCCUGCGUGUUCUGGAGGACGCCGGACCUGUGCCCCGUGUUCUGUGACUACUACAACCCCCCCGACGAGUGUGAGUGGCACUACGAGCCCUGUGGGAACCGCAGCUACGAGACGUGCAGGACGGUCAACGGCAUCCACUCCAACAUCUCCGUGUCCUACCUGGAGGGGUGCUACCCCCGGUGCCCCAGGGACAGGCCCAUCUACGACGAGGACCUGAGGAAGUGCGUGAGGGAGGACCAGUGUGGCUGCUACAUCGAGGACACGCGCUACCCCCCGGGGGCUUCCGUCCCCACCGACGAGAUCUGCAAGACCUGUGUGUGCACCGAGUCCUCGCAGGUCGAAUGCCGCCCGGAGGAAGGGAAGGUUCUCAACCAGACCCAGGAUGGCGCCUUCUGCUACAAGGAGGUCUGCGGCCCCAACGGGACGGUGGAGCAGCACUUUGACAUCUGCACGACCAUCACGCCAACCCUGCCCACCCAGACGGCCUCCACGACCACCACGCUCACCCCCAGCACCCCGCUCACCACCACCAGCACCAGCACCAGCACCAGCACCAGCACAGGUACAGCCCUGGGCCGCGCUCCCCACCCUGGGCGUCCGUGCUGCUUCUGGACCGACUGGAUCAACGAGGACCACCCGAGCAGUGGCGAUGAUGGCGGCGACCGCGAGACCUUCGACGCCGUGUGCGCGGCUCCCGAGAACAUCGAGUGCCGGUCGGCCACUGAGCCCCACCUCAGCUGGGAGCAGCUGGGCCAGAAGGUGGUGUGCGACAUCUCCCACGGCUUCAUCUGCAAGAACGAAGACCAGUUUGAUACCGGGCUGUUUGAACUCUGCUACGACUACGAGAUACGCGUCAACUGUUGCGUGCCCGAAGCAUGUACAACCCCAACCAAGCCACCACCGACCACAACCACCACAACACUAACCACCACAACCACCUCGCCCUCCACGGUGCCGACGACCACCCCCUCUGCUCCACCGCCCACGCCCACGACUCCACCAACGACCACGGCUACCACAACACCAACCACCACCUCGCCCUCCACGGUGCCAACGACCACCCCCUCUGCUCCACCGCCCACGCCCACGACUCCACCAACGACCACAGCCACCACUCCACCAACUACGACCUCCACAGCCACACCACCGACAACCACAUCCUCACCUCCAUCACCCUCGCCAACUCCAUGCGUUCUUGAAUGUGAGUGGACUGGCUGGCUGGAUUCGGGUAAAACUGACUAUGACAAAGAAGGCGGAGAUGUUGAAUCCAUUGAAGGUGUCUGUGCACCCGACUGGGUGGUUAACAACAUCACCUGCAGAGCUGCCAUGUUUCCCAGCAUGCCACUGGAGGAGCUUGGACAAACAGUGGUGUGUAACCUUAAAGAUGGACUGGUGUGCAGGAACAAAGACCAGAAGCCAGGAGGACGGCCCUUCCCCAUGCCCUACUGCCUCAACUACGAGAUCAACGUUCAGUGCUGUCGAUGCACCCCCAGUACAUCAACACCCUCAACAACACCAACCACCACCACCACCACACAGACCACCACCCCAACACCCACCACCACCACCCUACCUCCUUCCACCCCAACACCCACCACCACCCCAACUCCCAGCACAACAGUGUCACCAACCACAACACCUUCCACCCCUACACCCACCACCACUACCACAGGGACGCCAACCCCUACACCCACCACCACAACCACAGAGACUCCAACCCCUACACCCACCACCACGAUCACACAAACCACCACCACAGCCACAGUGUCACCGACAACCACAACCUUACCUACAACAUCUACAACACCCACAACUACUCCAUGCUUUCCUGAAUGCGAGUGGACUGGCUGGCUGGAUUCGGGCAAACCUGACUAUGACAAAGAAGGUGGAGAUGUUGAAUCCAUUGAAGGUGUCUGUGCACCCGGCAGGAAGGUUAAUGACACCUCCUGCAGAGCCGCCAUGUUUCCCAGCAUGCCACUGGAGGAGCUUGGACAGACUGUGACGUGCAAUGCCGAUGUUGGACUGGUGUGCAGGAACAAAGACCAGAAGCCAGGAGGACGGCCCUUCCCCAUGCCCUACUGCCUCAACUACGAGAUCAAUGUUCAAUGCUGUGGAUGCCCCCCUACAACACCAUCACCCACCACCACCACCACCACACAGACCACCACCCCAACUCCCAGCACUACAGUUUCACCAACCACAAUACCCUCUACCCCAACACCCACCACUACCACCACAGAGACCCCAACCCCAACCCCCAAGACCACCACCACAGCCACAGAGUCACCAACAACCACACCCUCCACAUCCACACCACUGACAACCACAUCCUCACCUACAACAACUACAAUACCCACAAUAUCCUUGACUACUCCAUGCUUUCCUGGAUGCAAGUGGUCUGGCUGGCUGGAUUCUGGUAAACCUGACUAUGACAAAGAAGGCGGAGAUGUUGAAUCCAUUGAAGGUGUCUGUGCACCCGGCUGGGUGGUUAACGACACCUCCUGCAGAGCUGCCAUGUUUCCCAGCAUGCCACUGGAGGAGCUUGGACAGACUGUGACGUGCAAUGCCGAUGUUGGACUGGUGUGCAGGAACAAAGACCAGAAGCCAGGAGGACGGCCCUUCCCCAUGCCCUACUGCCUCAACUAUGAGAUCAACGUUCAGUGCUGUGACCUAAUUUGCUCUUCAACAACAACGUUCACCACCACCACCACCACAGAGACCACCACCCCAACACCCACCACCACCACCACACAGACCACCAGCACACAGACCACCACCCCAACACCCGAGACCACCCCAACUCCUUCCACCCCAACACCCACCACCACCACCACACAGACCACAACCCAAACACCCAGGACCACCACCCCAACUGUUUCCACUCCAACACCCACCACCACUACCACACGAACCCCAACCCCUGCACCCACCACCACCACCACACAGACUGCAACUCCAACACCCGAGACCCCCACCCAAACUCCUUCCACUCUAACACCCACCACCACCACACGAACCACCACCACAGUGUCACCAACCACAACAACCUUGACUCCCACUGUAUGUGUUCAGGAAUGCGAGUGGUCUGGCUGGCUGGAUUCUGGUAAAACUGACUAUGACAAAGAAGGCGGAGAUGUUGAAUCCAUUGAAGGUGUCUGUGCACCUGGCUUGGAGGCUAACAACAUCACCUGCAGAGCUGCCAUGUUUCCCAGCAUGCCACUGGAGGAGCUUGGACAAACAGUGGUGUGUAACCUUAAUGAUGGACUGGUGUGCAAGAACAAAGACCAGAAGCCAGGAGGACGGCCCUUCCCCAUGCCCUACUGCCUCAACUACGAGAUCAACGUUCAGUGCUGUGGAUGCCCCCCUACAACACCAUCACCCACCACCACCACCACCACACAGACCACCACCCCAACUCCCAGCACUACAGUUUCACCAACCACAAUACCCUCUACCCCAACACCCACCACCACCACAACCACACAGACCACUACCCCAACACCCACCACUACCACCACCACACAGACCAUCACCCCAACACCUAAGACCAGCACCCUACCUGCUUCCACCCCAAUACCCACCACCACCACACAGACCACCACCCCAACAUCCACCACCACUACGCCAACUCCUCCCACCAGAACACCCACUGCCACCACCACAGAGACACCAACUCCUACACCUACAACCACCACUCCAACACCCACAACCACCACACAAACUCCCAGCACAGUGUCAUCAACCACAACAACCUUGACUCCCACUGUAUGUGUUCAGGAAUGCGAGUGGUCUGGCUGGCUGGAUUCUGGUAAACCUGACUAUGACAAAGAAGGUGGAGAUGUUGAAUCCAUUGAAGGUGUCUGUGCACCCGGCUGGGUGGUUAACGACACCUCCUGCAGAGCUGCCAUGUUUCCCAGCAUGCCACUGGAGGAGCUUGGACAGACUGUGACGUGCAAUGCCGAUGUUGGACUGGUGUGCAGGAACAAAGACCAGAAGCCAGGAGGACGGCCUUUCCCCAUGCCCUACUGCCUCAACUACGAGAUCAACGUUCAGUGCUGUGUCCAAACUUGCUCUUCAACAACGUUCACCACCACCACCACCACCACCACAGAGACCAGCACCCCAACACCCAAGACCACCCCAACUCCUUCCACCACAACACCCGAGACCACCACCACACAGACCACCACCCCAACACCCACCACCACCACCACACAGACCAUCACCCCAACACCUGAGACCAGCACCCUACCUCCUUCCACCCCAACACCCACCACCACCACACAGACCACCACCCCAACAUCCACCACCACUACGCCAACUCCUCCUACCACAACACCCACUGCCAUCACCACAGAGACGCCAACUCCUACACCUACAACCACCACGGAGACACCAAAUCCAACACCCACAACCACCACACCAACUCCCAGCACAACAGUGUCACGAACCACAACACCCUCCACCACAACACCCACCACUACCACCAUAGAGACCCUAACCCCAACACCCAAGACCAUCACCACAGCCACAGAGUCACCAACAACCACACUCUCACCUACAACAAGCACAGUACCCUCGCCUACUCCAUGCUUUCUUGAAUGUGAGUGGACUGGCUGGCUGGAUUCUGGUAAACCUGACUAUGACAAAGAAGGAGGAGAUGUUGAAUCGAUUGAAGGUGUCUGUGCACCCGGCAGGAAGGUUAAUGACACCUCCUGCAGAGCUGCCAUGUUUCCCAGCAUGCCACUGGAGGAGCUUGGACAGACUGUGACGUGCAAUGCCGAUGUUGGACUGGUGUGCAGGAACAAAGACCAGAAGCCAGGAGGACGGCCUUUCCCCAUGCCCUACUGCCUCAACUACGAGAUCAACGUUCAGUGCUGUGACCUAAUUUGCUCUUCAACAACAACGUUCACCACCACCACCACCACCACCACCCCAACUUCUGAGAUCACCACCACAGCCACAGAGUCACCAACAACCACACCCUCACCAACAACAAGCGCAACACCCUCGACUACGCCAUGCUUUCCUGAAUGCAAGUGGACUGGCUGGCUGGAUUCGGGCAAACCUGACUAUGACAAAGAAGGUGGAGAUGUUGAAUCCAUUGAAGGUGUCUGUGCACCCGGCUGGGUGGUUAACGACACCUCCUGCAGAGCUGCCAUGUUUCCCAGCAUGCCACUGGAGGAGCUUGGACAGACUGUGACGUGCAAUGAGAGUGUUGGACUGGUGUGCAGGAACAAAGACCAGAAGCCAGGAGGACGGCCCUUCCCCAUGCCCUACUGCCUCAACUACGAGAUCAACGUUCAGUGCUGUGUCCAAACUUGCUCUUCAACAACGUUCACCACCACCACCACCACCCCAACACCCGGGACCACCACCCCAACUCCUCCCACCCCAGCACCCACCACCACCACCACCACACAGACCACCACCCCAACCCCAGGGACCACCUCUCCAACACCAGGGACCAGCACCCCAACUCCUCCCACCCCAGCACCCACCACCACCACCACAGAGACCACCACCCCAACCCCAGGGACCACCUCUCCAACACCAGGGACCAGCACCCCAACUCCUCCCACCCCAGCACCCAUCACCACCACCACCACCACACAGACCACCACCCCAACCCCAGGGACCACCUCUCCAACACCAGGGACCAGCACCCCAACUCCUUCCCCCCCAACAUCAACCACCACGACACAGACCACCACCCCAAUACCUGGGACCACCACCCCAAUUCCUUCCACCCCAACACCCAGCACCACAGUGUCACCAACCCCAACACCUACUACCAUGACCACCACCACCACCACCACAGAGAUCCCACCACCACCAUCCACCACCACAGAGUCGCCAACCAUAACACCCUCCACCACCACCACCACCACCUCCACCACCACCACUGAGACCUCAACCCCAACAUCUCCUGUCACACAGACCCCAACUAUAACAACCACUACCACCACCACCACCCCAGCACCCACCACCACAGAGUCACCAACCACUACACCCUCCACCACCACCACCACCACAGAGAGCAGCACCCCAGCACCCAGCCCCACACCCACCAACACCCAGCCUGGGUCCUCAACUCUUCCAACCCCUCCGUCCACCCCCACCCCUCCCACGGCGCCCUCCACACCCACGGGAUCAACACUCAGCACCAGCACAGCCCCUCCAGGCACGUCCACCAGCGGGACCACCCCCACCCCCGCCACCGUGCCCACAACCACCAGAGGAACCCCUACUCAGACGAGACCCCCGACCACGCCAUCCACACUGGAGACCACCAGCACGUCCUCCACAGUCACGCCCAUUUCUUCUCCCACCACCGUCUUCAACACCAGCCUGGGCACGGUCAGCUCCUCCACCCUUGUCACCUGCUGCGUUGUGAAUGACACCAAUACACUCAUCUACUAUGCUCCAGGUGAGGAGGUGUACAGCGGCAGACACGGAGACACCUGCUACUACGUGAACUGCUCGGUGGAAUGCACCCUCCAGACCUUCAACUGGUCCUGCCCAUCCUCUCCCUCCCCCACCUCCACACCCUCGCCCUCCACCCCAUCCUCCCCCGCUACCACCACCAGCACCUCCACCAGCACCCCCACGCCCUUCCCCCCCACUACCACCACCACACCCUCCCCCACGACCACCACACCCUCCCCCAGCACCCCCACCGCCAAAACCACCAGCACCACCACCUCGAAGCCGACCACCACCAAGCCGCCGGGAUGCCAGAACCUCAAUCCUCCCAGAGAGGACAAUGAGUCCUGGUGGCUGUGCAACUGCACCAAGGCUGUGUGCCGGGAGGACGGCACACUGGAGAUCGUGGAGGUGGAGUGCGAGCCGCCACCCAUGCCCACCUGCUCCAACGGCCUCAAGCCCGUGCGCGUCCUGGACCCUGACGGCUGCUGCUGGCACUGGGAGUGCGACUGUCUCUGCACGGGCUGGGGAGACCCGCACUACGUCACCUUCGACGGGCUGUACUACAGCUACCAGGGCAACUGCACGUACGUGCUGGUGGAGGAGGUGGUCCCCACGGUGGACAACUUCGGGGUCUACAUAGACAACUACCACUGUGACGUCAACGACAAGGUGUCCUGCCCCCGCACGCUCAUCGUGCGCCACGAGACCCAGGAGGUGCAGAUCAGAACCGUGCAGAUGCUGCCCAUCAAGGUGCAGGUGCAGGUGAACAGGCAGAUGGUGGCGCUGCCCUACCGGAAGUUCGGGAUGCAGGUGUACGAGUCGGGCAUCAACAUCGUGGUGGACAUCCCCGAGCUGGGCGUCGUCGUCUCCUACAACGGCCUGGCCUUCUCCGUCCAGCUGCCCUACCGCCUGUUUGGCAACAACACCAAGGGACAGUGUGGCACCUGCACCAACAACACUGCGGACGACUGCGUGCUGCCCAGUGGGGAGGUCACCCCCAACUGCGAGAUUGCAGCUGACCAGUGGGUGGUGGAUGACCCCUCCAAGCCACACUGUCCUCACGGCGGCUUCACCACCCAGAGCCCAGCCGCCACGUCGCCACGGGCCCCGGCCCGGCCCAAGGACUGCACUGGGUCUCCCGUGUGCCAGCUCAUCAAAGACAGCCUGUUCGCCGGGUGCCACGCCCUGGUGCCCCCGCAGCACUACUACGAGGCCUGCCUGUACGACACCUGCUUCGUGCCCGACUCCAACAUGGAGUGCGCCAGCCUGCAGGCCUACGCGGCCCUGUGCGCACAGGAGGGCUUCUGCGUGGACUGGAGACCACACUCCAAGGGCGCCUGCCCGGUGAAGUGCCCAUCUCACAGGGAGUACCGGGCCUGUGGCCCCCCAGAGGAGCCCACCUGCCAGUCCAGCACCCCGAAGAACUCCACGCGUCUGGUCGAGGGCUGCUUCUGUCCCGAGGGCACCAUGAACUUCGCUCCUGGCUACGACGUGUGCGUGAAGACCUGCGGCUGUGUGGGACCUGACAACGUGCCUAGAGAGUUCGGGGAGCGCUUCGAGUUCGCCUGCCAGGACUGCGUGUGCCUGGAGGGGGGCAGCGGCAUCAUCUGCGAGCCCAGGCAGUGCGGCCAGGCGGGCCCCACCUCGUGCGAGGAGGAGGGCACCUACCUGACCACCGAGGUCAACCCCGCCGACACCUGCUGCAACGUCACCUCCUGCAAGUGCGACUCCAGCCUGUGCAGCAAGGAGGUCCCCGUGUGCGACCUGGGAUUUGAAGCGAAGCUCAGGAUCGUGAGCGGGAGGUGCUGUCCCGUGUACGACUGUGUUCCCAAGGGCGUGUGUGUGCACGACAAAGCCGAGUACCAGCCCGGCUCCCCAGUCUACUCCUCGAAGUGCCAGGACUGCCUGUGCACCCACGCCGUGGACAACAGCACCCAGCUGAAUGCCAUCUCCUGCACCCCCGUGCCCUGCAACGUCUCCUGCAACCCUGGUUUUGAGGCCGUGGAGGUCCCCGGCGAGUGCUGCAGGAAGUGCCAGCAGACCCAGUGCAUCAUCGACGUGCCGGGCGGCAACUACCUGGUCCUGAAGCCCGGAGACGUCCAGCAAGACCCCAACAACAAGUGCACGUUCUUCAGCUGCACGAAGUUCCACGGCCAGCUCAUCUCGUCCCUGUCCAACGUCACCUGUCCUGAGUUCGACCCCAACAGCUGCGCCCCGGGCACCAUCACGCUCAUGGCCAACGGAUGCUGCAAGAAAUGCACCCCUCGCAACCAGACCGUGGUGCCCUGCGCUGCCGUUGCUGUCACCAGAGAGAUCUCCCACGCGGGCUGCAGGAAGAACGUCACCGUGAACGACUGCUCCGGGGCCUGUGGCACCUUCGCCAAGUACUCCGGCAAGGCCAAGAUCCUGGACUCCAGGUGUUCCUGCUGCAGGGAGGAGCGAACCAGCCGGCGCCAGGUGGCCCUGGACUGCCCCAACGGCGGCUCGCUCACCUACACCUACACCCACAUCGAGAGCUGCCUGUGCCAGGACUCCAUCUGUGAACUGCCGACGGGCACGGCGCUGAGGGCCCGACGCUCGCCCCGGCACGGCCGCCCGGGCCGCUCCCGCCGGAGGAGGAAGGGAACAGGCGCAGGCCGGCCGGGGAUGAAGAAACGCUUGCGAACGGCACCACGGCGCUGCCGAAAAUCCCGAGGAAUCCACACAAAACUCCAGGAGCUGAUGGGAUACAAACUCGGCAUCCGGGAGCCGAGCGCUGCGCUGUGA